CCAAAAAAAAAAAGUAAUUAAACCAAGAAAAUAUAUGAAAAAGAAAAUGAACGAAACGUUCAUCUUCUUCCUCUCCCUUUCCCUAGCAGCCGCCGACUCCCUCUCUUUGGCCGGUUUUCUUCUGCGGCGGCGACGACGCAGCAAACCCUCAAGCAGCCCAUCGUUGCACACCAACACCCACGCCUUCUGGCGCGUUCCCUCGUCUUCUCCGGCGUCUUCAAGCGGCGGCGUAUCUGCGACAGCAUCCUCCUCGAGACAGUUGAGUCCAUGGCGCGAACAGCACGUUGCUAAAGUUGAUUCCGACGGCCGUGUGUGAGUUUUCUAGCUGCUGUGCGGCUCACCCAUGCGUUUUUUUUACGGAGAUGCAGUUUGCUCCUCUCGGGGCGUUUCUUAGUUUUUUAACCACACGUGCCUGAUUCUCGAUCGACCUCAGAUUUGAAUAUUCGUAACUUUUAGAGUUCAGGUCUGCAAGUCUGGGCGAUUUCAAACGUUCACCAGCAAAGGUCGGUGCCCUUUCGACAAGGCUCGGUAGGAAACUGAGAAGUUGAUUUUUUUGCACAAUUUGAUUAAAUGGGAGACCCAACAGUUCUGGAUAGAAUACUCAGUCAUCUUCGUGCGACAUGCAAGUAUUAUACUGGUUUCCCAAAAGAUCUUGGGCCUUCCAGGGUCAUACAUUUUACAUCUGAACGUGAGUUUGUCCAACUCCUUCAUGAAGGCUAUCCAGUCGUUGUUGCUUUUACGGUCAGAGGUAACUACACAAAGCAUCUUGACAAGGUAUUGGAGGAAGCUGCGGUUGAGUUUUAUCCGAACAUUAAAUUUAUGCGUGUUGAGUGCCCAAAGUAUCCUGGUUUCUGCAUUUCACGGCAGAGGAAGGAAUAUCCAUUUAUCGAGAUGUUUCAUAGCCCACAACAAGCAUCUAACCAGGGAAAGAUGUCUGAUUCUAACGUUACGAAGUACUCGGUGAAGGUUUUACCCUUCAACUAUGACCCCAGUGCCUAUGGAUUGAGAGAGUUUUUUAAGCGUCAUGGGAUAUAUGGUCGUUGAAUCAAAAGUAACACCCACACGUGGGUAAAGAGCAUAAAGCCUUUAUAAUUUAUCUAUGAUUUGAACUGGUUUAUGUUGUAGAUGGUGGAGGUAAACUCCAAAGAUCUUUUCGCCCGAUGGACAAGUAGAUCUCGUACAGUGUAGUACUUUAUGUGUGGGAAUUUACAAUUAUAAGAUACUAUACCUGGUCUUUUUGCCAGUCGCGUUACAUUCAAGAUUUUUUUUUCCUUUCCUUUUUGGUGCGUCAUUUUACAACAUGGCGAGUAAUUGUAUCAUCCACCAGAAUGUAUUGAGGUUUGAAUCUUAGAACAUUUGUAUUACUACUAGCUUUCUUAGUUCAGCAAAAAUGCCUAGCAGGUUUAUGACA